GAUGAUUUAAUCGUAAGACCAAAAAUGUUUCAGUCGAUGGGGAAUUAAGUAUCAAAAGGUACACAUACUUAUUUCUAAUUUUUUCCAUUUUUGCGAAAUUGAUUUGAAAUUUCCAGUCGAACGGAUAGAAUCAAUGUUUGCUUAAGUAAUUACAGAGCCCAGCAUCGUUUGUAAUUUCACAUAAUGUGUUCAAUUAUUAAUACUGUAAAGCAACAGUUUAUGAGAAUAUCAGUCUCGUUUCUACGACUCUUAGAAAUGUCAUAACGCUUAGAAGUGGUUUCUUUGUAAGUUUUUUUUUCUUGUUAUAUAGAUAAAAAAGGUCUUAGUUCCCCUAUUGAUCUGGCAUUAUAUGCUACCAAAAAUUUGAUAAAGGAAGUACUAUAAGGGUAGUUUGUCACUGUUUAAGGUAACACGCCUUUAAAUAUUGUGAAGCUAUUAGAAAGGCGGAAUUAUCUAUGAAUUAUUGGUAACCGUAGAAAAAAAAAAUAGCUCUCGUUAUUAGACUCCUUAUUUCACUCGACAACUACAGUAUUUACCAUGGAAAAAUACGGUUUUUAUAAGAGUACAAGUAUGACCAUUUUCGAACCAAAGUUUUCAAAAUCGUGAGAAACGGACACAACUAAGAAAAAAAUAAUUAUAUGUUGCGCUGACGAUCAUAAUCAGUUAAUUGCCAAUAUUUGGGGAGAAGUUGCUGGGUUUUUAAAAAAAAUCUUCACCCAGUAUGUGUUCGCCAAAGGCACUCUAGAUGUUUUUGGGAUAAAUCAUCAUUUCUGGAUAACUAAUUCCUCAAUCUGUCUACAGUGGGAUGCAUCAUCUCCAGAGCUAAUGUAGACAAGAUACUGUUUAGAAAACUUCAAGAAUAAACGGUUUUAUUUAGAUGUGCAUCAGAAAACUGAAAAACAUUCUGCCUGUAAUCUGCACGAUGUGUGGUUUUCAAACAUAAAGAACGUAAGAUUUUCACUAGGUGGAAAGUGCAGAUAUUCGUGAUUGUCUAUAUGUAGAUUCUUUCAUAAUUACAAUCAACAAGAUUUUCUGUUUUACUAUUUUGAAAGAAAACAAUCUCAGAAAUAACAAACAUAAAAUGGCAGCUUCAUUUAAUGCCACUCUCCAACCAGUGGCAGCAGAAGAAAGUUCGUCUGUUUACGUUAGUGAUGAAGUAGUAAGGUUACUUGUAAUUGUAGGGAUGGUCCUAUUCGGAAUUGUUAUAAGCUUUUUCGGAGUUGUUGCCAAUUCUCUCAUCGUCUCAGUGUUCCGAAGGCAGGGGUUUUCUGACAAAACCAACAUUAGCCUCUGCAGUCUUGCAGUAGCUGACCUGGGCGUUUCCCUAUUUGCCGUGUUCGAUUGCUGUUUUACUGCGGUCUACGUGGUUGGAUUGUCUGAUCUUGAUUUUGAAGUUUUUGGAGUUCGUGCCAUGCUUGCUGACUACCCAAGACUCAUUUUGGCAAAGGUUUCCAGUUGGCUCACAGCUUAUAUCUCCACUGAGCGUUGUUUGUGUGUCAUGUUUCCGUUCUGGACAAGGACCUCAUUUACCCCGAGAAUUACGAUCACGUCAGUAAUAUGCAUCACAGUCACAGUGCUCUUCCUGCACUUCCCUUUAUAUUACGUCCGUACAUUUCAGUGGGUUUUCCAUCCUCAUCUUAACCGGACACUUCUCACAGUGGUUUUCAUACCAGAUCGGCUAAACAGUUACAAAGGAAUGAGCGCACCACUUUUUUCUUUCCUCCCUUUGGUGAAUUUGAUCAUAAUCUCUUUGAGCACUAUGAUACUCGCCAAACAAGUGAUGCGGUCGGCAAAAUGGCGCGAAAACCACAGCUCUGCUGACAAUACCCAGAAAACAACAGGGACACAGCGAUCUAGAAAUGGCCUAUCGUCAUCUUUGGCUGGGGCGACUUCUUCUGUUGUAACAACCCCGUCAUUGUCUGCAGAACACGGGUCUGGGUAUCCGAACAGCGACUCACAAAUACGAAACACGAAGAAAGAAGAGAAAAAUAUUCCGCCAGCAAAUACGCAAGACAAACAGGACGUCUCCAAACAGUCUCGGAAGUCUACAGCCCUCACCAAGAUGGUCACAGUGGUGACCAUAGUGUUCAUCGUAUGCACCACGCCUUCCAACAUUUCUAUCUCCAUCGGGAUUCUUUAUCCGACUUUCUCAACAACUGGCCGCAUGAGGAAUUUAUUUGUGUCUUUGAUGGUCUUCUGGAAGCUUCUGGAAAUAAUGAACUCUGUUUUGAAUAUCUUUGUGUAUUACAAAAUGAGCUCAAAAUUUAAGACCACGUUCAAUGAAAUGUACGCCGUUAAAAAUCAAAAAUCAAAAGAGUAACAAAAGGUAAAGAAGUUUCAAGAUUGCAAAUCUUCAUGCGUUUUGGGAAAUCGCCAAAUGCAAACUCUUAAAAUAUGUAUUUUUAAAUUCAUGCAUGGACACAUAUUAUUAUGCGGCACCCUUUUACAAGUUGGAAAAGUAAUUUGUAGUCUUUCAGCAAAUCACAGAAACGUAUAUAUGAUGACAUCUUAAGACUCUGACCUUUUGAAACAAGUUCUCUGAAAAUAUUAAAAUAGGUAAUCUUGCUGUUAUGUCAUUCAGUUAUCUUUUCAACGAGAGCAGAAAUAUUCGAAAACACAGUCGGUGCAAAGGCGAAGUUACAGUGGGCGUCCUCUUUUUUUUGUCCCCACGUAUUGGUUUCUGUUGUUUGGCGGUUUUUUAAAUUGUGUUUUUGUUUUCAGGAGAAAAUAGAAUAAAAUAAAUGGCACACUUCUUCCCUGCCUCUUCAGUCAUCAUAGCAUAUAUUUUCCAAUACUGCAGACUAAUCAAAUAAUAAAACCGAAAAAACAUGCACCACUUAAAUUGAAGCAACCUAUUGUCAGGAUUGUCACAAAGAUGGCCACCCAUUAAAUAGGAGAAAAAAAAGUAGUUGUCUUAGACAGGUGGGCAUCUCGGACAGUGUCAUUACCAUGUGGAAAAACGCCAGGGGAUACAUGAGAAGUGUUGUAUAAUAUAUAUACCGGUGAUUGUUUUGGACAGGUGACCGCUAGAGCAGGUAGCUUUUUACAGCAAAGGGAAAUUCAAACUUCUACAUUCUGCACAUCAAUUUUGUAUAACAAUAAUGAUAAUGAUAA